UCUCCAACUCACAUCAAAACAUUGACUCAUCUACUCUUCACAUCCUUCAGAGAAAGAAAGGAAGAACUUGACCUCUACUGUCAGCGAUGGACCCCUGUGAAUGCUCCAAGACUGGAACCUGCAACUGCGGAGGAAACUGCACUUGCACCAACUGCACCUGCACUACCUGCAAGAAGAGCUGCUGCUCAUGCUGCCCAUCUGGCUGCAGUAAGUGCGCCUCUGGCUGCGUCUGUAAAGGGAAGACAUGCGACAAGACCUGCUGUCAGGAGUGAGCCUGCACCACUGGCAGCCUCUGCCCCCCCACGUGUGACCUCCUGAAUUGUAGUCUUAAAUUGUCUGUAUAUGGAAGUCUUUUGUAUCUGUCUUAAUGAAUUAAAUGUUAACACAAUGCUGUAAAAUCA